UGACACUGCUCCCGACAACAAUUUGUUGAACACAUCGUGACUCCUUGACGGAACACCGAGUUGUGAGCUUCCGAACGCCAUGGACUCGCGCGGCAAGACGCAGAGGCCCCCUCAAACGUCUACUGGUGCGACGACUGAGCGAACCAUGGACAAGCCAGCCGCGCCUACGCCAGAGAAGCUUGUAUUGCUGGCGUCCACCGGUUGGCUAUUCCCAAGGGGACGUGCGCUGGUUGGGCUUGUUGUGGUAAUCGCUGCGGCGAUCUCACACCUCAUCCCACCGUCUUUUGCACCACAGGCGUCCAGCAAUGCACGACGUUUCCUCACGAUGGUCAACGUGUCGGCGCCGACAUUGCUCAUGUACCAAAGCGACAUCGUGACCAUGACACCACGGUCUCUAUUGUCGCCGGAUCCCAUCGUGCGGACGCCCAUUUGUCGCAUCCAGCGACGACGGCACAACCUCGCUUGUCUCUAUUGAGUAUGCUCUUGGUCACACUGGUGACCUUCGCCGUGACGGACACGUGCUCUUGCUGUUGAAUGGCGAGAACCAUGGACUCCUUUUCGACUGGUCUUCGUCAUCGCCUUGUCUUUUUGAACUGGCGGAAGUGGCCGCGACUAUGCUUGGCAUGGACAUGGCGCAA